AUGUCUUUACCCAAAGAACCAACAUCAAUUUCAUACGUCCUCGAUAGAUUCUCACGCUGGCCUUCUCCAUAUCGGAAUGAAGACUCAAAUAACACCACUGCAAUCAAUGCUGAUAAUAGUAACAGCAUUAAUGACCAAUCCGGGACUCCCUGGAGGCAUUAUCACCAGCCGAAUAUUAUAUUAAAGCUUGAAAAUAUGUAUCCUCCUAAUAUGACAGGCGGCGGCGGUGAGCCGAUUCUCACGGUUUAUGAUGAUAAGGGAAGCAUUGUGGAACAAUUCAACGCGUCGUACAAAUACGCUUCUACCACGAAAGCCAGAAUGGGGCUAAAAUCUCCAGUUAUAGGAAUAAAAUAUUGCGAAACUGAGAUUGAUGGGAUUGGUCGCACCACUGAAAAAUUUAUAAAACUUCAAAUAAGAUUUCAGAAUAUAGAAGAUUUCGAAUCAUGUUCGUCUAUACUCGGUAGAUACAUUACAAAAAGAGAUUCAUUAAUUACAACUACUUCAACGGUUGGAUCAAUUUCUGCUACUGCUGGUGCUGGAGCUCAAUUCAAUUGGAAUCAAUCAGAGCAUCCAACACCAAGAAUUUUCGCAGCAGCAACAGAUGCCUUUUAUAAUCAAGCGCCGUCACGGGCUCAACCAAUUCGGGCUCCUUUAAUAUGUGUCCCGUCAUACGAAUUAUCAAAACACACUAAUCGUAAUAUAAAUAAUCAAUUAAACAAUUCACAGGAGAGUAACGUCAGUGGUAAUCACCAUCAAAACAUUCAAUUAUCACUUGCAAAGCAACAAGAAACAUCAUCGAAUCAAUCCAAUACUCUGUCGCAGCAAUACCAAGAUCGUGAUUCUAACGUGUUGCAACCAUCAUCGUCACUAACAUAUUCAUCACCAUCACACCAGCAACACAGUCUAAAUAGUAAUCAUGGUAAAGAACAAACAUAUCCAAUAAAUAUUAACCGUCAGGAUACCUUCGACUCAUCUUCUUUGCAUAUGGAAGACAGGUUUACAUUCAAUUCUCAGCCACAGCCGCAACAAAAUUAUCAACUUUCAUCAUCGCAAACCUCUCCGCAACACACAACAUCCGAUAAAAAUAAUUUUUAUCAAACACAAGAUCGGAAUACAUAUUCGGCGGUAAAUUCAUUAAAUAAUAAUCGAAUGCAAUUAGCUACAGAAAUAUCAGAUCUUUUUAGUAGUUCAAGUGCAUCAGAAGAGAACAACAACAACAGCAAUAUUAUCUGGCCUACAACACAAUCAUUUAAUCAACAAGCUGUUCGAUCUUCUAAUGUUGUUGAAAAUAGCAAUGAUCAUCCACAACAACCCUCAGGUAGUGAUUCUAAUACUAUGGCUACCAGCACUACAGAAUCGCAGAAGAAAACGAUUGAUGUGGUUUCUCUCCUGUCUCCGUCGCCUCCGGCUGCCUACAUCAAAAAAGAAUUGAGUCUGGUGGAUUUGACGAUAGACGAUGAAGUCUCGCCUGACGACCUUUUUAACAAUAACAAUCAGCAACAACCAUAUCAAAUAAAGUUGAAUGGUGAAAUUCCUCGUGCUCCUACAAGUUUAAAUCGAAUUUCCCCACAAUCUAAUCUAUCCUCAUCAUCACAUCAUCCUAUUAUUACCCAAAGAGAUCCAAUCUUCGCUCAGAAAUCAGAAAAUAAAACUAGUUGCACAACAGAGAUAGGACAACAUUCAACUUCAUAUCCUGAGAAGAGAUUCUCGUCAGAUCGUCAAAAAUUAUUUGACCAAAAUCCUCGAGCUCCAGAACCACAGUCACGACUAAAAACAAAACAACCUCAAACAAAUGCAUUUUUUAUGGAUACAGAAGACGAACAACAAAAUCUUCCAUUUUCAUCUAAUGCCUCAGAGAAUAUGACAUCAUUUCCUCUUCAACAACAUCCAGCAGGACAAUCGAGCACUGCGCCUUCUACUUCACAUGCUGCUGCAACUACCGCGGAUUCAACAAUUGGGUCGUUACGUAAACAAAUUGCGGCAAUUCAAGAACGACAACAAAGACAAAUAAUAACUAAUAAUAAUCCUAUCCCAACGGAUGACGAUCAACUUGAGGAAUGGGUUGUAAAUAUAUUAAAAGACCCUGAAUUCCGUGAGCUGGUCUCAAGAGUUGACAAAUUAUGGAAGGCGCGUUUCAUAGUAGAUGACAUGUUAAAAUAA